GGUGGGCAAUCUACAAGACACCGCGCGCUGUAUAAUACAAGCAGGGACAGAGCAAAUAGGAGAAGCGCAAACCUAAUCGCAGAAUUUUUGUCCACCACUCAGCUGUUUGCGAUGGUAAGUAUUGUUUUGGAUUUAGAUCGGUUUUAUGCAUGGUUUCUUUGGCGUUUGCCAAACUCAGUUUCAAAUGAUUUAUUCUCAAUUGUUAGCCGAAUGAUAUAAAUUCUAUGUUUCUCAGGAGACCCUGGAGGCAGAUAUUCUUGCGAAACUCUUUUGGAACACAGAGGCGGAAGCUCGGCAACGAUGGAUAACGGACAUUUUUACGCGCGUCCACACGACCUGCGACGUUCCCGAGAACGCCGUUUUUGGACCGUAUGAGCUGAAACAUACCUCAGUUUAUGACAGCGUCGCCUUCAUUGCUCUGAAGUCUAUGGACAGAAGAACGGCACCAUACAUUUUGAGGGUGAGAACACUUACCAAUUCCGUGCGUCCUAAAAUAAUGUGUUCCAAACUAAUUGCCCACAUAAUUGUUUGAAAUGCAUUGAACCUUUCAGGUAGUCAAAUUGUGUAUUUUUCUUGUUUUUGUAUGACAACGACCCGUUUCUAUUUGGCUACACAGGUGGACACCUCAGCGCCCAACAUGCGCACUGAUGGUCCGAUGUGGCUGCGGCUGGUCCAGUCAGCCCGGAGCGCUGAGGAACAGAACCUGGAGGCCUAUGUGAAGAACGGACAACUAUUCUUUAGAGCCCUCAGGACGAUCCUGAAGGAAGAGGAGCUGUUGGUGUGGUACGGGAAAGACCUGGCCAAGCUUCUUCUCCUAAACCCACUACAGAUACAAAGCAAAGGUUUGUCUACACACUCUAUGAAUGUGUUAUUACAUACUAAUAAAAUAUGAUAUAUUACAAUAUAUAUAUAUAUUGUUCAUAGCAAUUUUAAUACUGACUGCAAUUAUCCAUAAAUAAAAACAUUACAACUAUAUUUAUUCAAUACAUUUGUAGAAUUUAAACAGUAUUGACAAAGGUUUAUGUUAUGCAAUAUUGGCAGAAUAAAGUAAUAUUAAUCCAUCUCUAUAACCAGGUGCUGGUCUGUACACUUGUGCCAACUGUAACCAGGGCUUUGAGACUGAGUUCCCCUUUCUGGCACAUCGGAGAUUCCUCUGCACACAGAGACAACCAAACAGCCACACCACCAAACCUGGUCAAGGCAACACUGACCAUGUGAAACCUGACUCCCUUCCUGUUUCUGCCUUCAAACGGAGCCGUCCAGAAACAAGUCCACAGGAUAACAAACCUGCAACAGACUUCCAUAACUUAGCCAGGGAUAUGGAGAAUAUUAAGACGGGGUCUUCCAGCACCAGGGACACUGAGACUAUUGGUUCCCUCAAAAGGAAACACACAAAGGUGGAGGAGGACAGGUGGAGUGAGCCACAGCCUCUAGUGAUAAAGCAGGAACCACUGGACAGAGGAUGCUGUACUUUGAACAUGAAAAUACAACCCAGCUCAGUCUCCUGUCACCUGCCCAGUAACAUCAACAAGAACAACAUCACCAAAGACAGAGCAACCCAACUACACAUACAGCAAGGCUCUGGGCCUGAAGAUCUCAGAUCUUCAUCCAGCCUACGGUCUUCAUCUCCAUCUCUCAUCUGGUCUUCUUUCACUGACUCUCCUACUGUCACCUCGGCCUUCAUCCAGGUCUCUGUCUCAGAGAACAGGAGGAGUGCCUUCUCCCAGCCCCCACGCUCUGUUUCCCUUCCCCAGACUACCCCCCUGCUUGGGAGGGCUAAAACCUCAAUCACUCCCCUCACUACUGAUCUCCACCGACCGGUGCUGGUCCAGGGUGUUUUGAAACAGAGGCACCCUCUCUACAGCCAAGCAGCUCUCUGGCCCAGGACCCCAGGCAGAUCCCCACUCCAGGUCCAGAUUUCCCUGCCCCCCUCCGUCUCACGGCUCUCGCCCCUCAGCCUGAUGGCUCAGAACUUGUGUGCCAAAUGCAACAUCUCCUUCCGCCUGAUCUCGGAUCUGGUGCAGCAUAUGAGGUCCUACCACAAGAGGGCGCUGGAUACUACAGAGUCAGGGUCUGGGGUGAAACAACAGCAGCGCAGGGCGAUAGAGGAGAGGCUCAAGUGUUCCGUCUGCAGCGAGGUCUUCAGACAACGCCAUCACCUUGCGCGACACAUGACUUCUCACACA